AUGGACGAAUCUCCCUCUAAACAAAUGGACGCAUCUCCCUCUAAACAAAUGGACGAAUCUCCCUCUAAACAAAUGGACGCAUCUCCCUCUAAACAAAUGGACGAAUCUCCCUCUAAACAAAUGGACGCAUCUCUCUCUAAACAAAUGGACGAAUCUCCCUCUAAACAAAUGGACGCAUCUCCCUCUAAACAAAUGGACGAAUCUCCCUCUAAACAAAUGGACGCAUCUCCCUCUAAACAAAUGGACGAAUCUCCCUCUAAACAAAUGGACGCAUCUCUCUCUAAACAAAUGGACGCAUCUCUCUCUAAACAAAUGGACGCAUCUCCCUCUAAACAAAUGGACGCAUCUCCCUCUAAACGAAUGGACGAAUCUCCCUCUAAACAAAUGGACGCAUAUCCCUCUAAACAAAUGGACGCAUCUCCCUCUAAACGAAUGGACGAAUCUCCCUCUAAACAAAUUGACGUAUGUCCCUCUAAACAAAUGGAAGCAUAUCCCUCUAACAAAAUGGGCAGAUCUCCCUCUAAACAAAUGGACGAAUCUCACUCUAAUCAAAUGGACGAAUCUCCCUCGAAACAAAUGGACGAAUCUCCCUCGAAACAAAUGGGCGAAUAUCUUUCUUAA